GUGUGUCCUUUUUGUAUUCUUGUUCACACAGCUUAGCUUGUUUCUUCUUUCUUCUUUCUCUCACAUAAGUUACCAAUUACCAGUUUCUCUCCUAUCUCUCCGCAACCGGAAAAUUCGUUUCUCCUGUUAUCCCUGGGAUAUCUCGAAUCAUAUUCCUGAUUCCUCUGUAUCUCUUAGAAAUUCAAUUCAAUUCAAAAGAAGCGAUGAGGAGGUGUGAGCUGUGCAAAGCCAAGGCGCGCACGCACUGCGCGUCGGAUCGGGCGAGCCUGUGCUGGGAUUGCGACGCCUCCGUGCACUCGGUUAGCUUCCUAGUGGCGCGCCACUCCAGGAGACUUCUCUGCGACGUCUGCCAGUCGCCGAUGCCGUGGACGGUCUCCGGCGGAAAGAUCACCCCUACCGUCUCCGUCUGCGAACAAUGCGCCGGUCAGGAGCUGUGCGAAGGCAGCGGUGGAGGAGAAUCGGAGGAGGACAAUCAAAUCGUUCCAUACUCGCCGCUGCCGCCAGAGAGCGACGAUGAGGCGAUUGACGGUGGAAACGUCGUCGUUUGGCGGAAGAAGAUGAGAAUUGAGAUAACGGCAGGCGGAUCGGAGCUGCGCGAUGUCUCGGCGUGGUGUUAAUGUGUGUGGAUCGGGGAUUUUGGAUUCGCUGCGUAUGCUCCACCGUGAAGAUACGGGUUCGGGUCAACAAACGGUGGACUACUCCGAUUAUUCUGGUCCGUCGAUCUGAAUUUCUAUCAGAUUUGGUUGUGUAUAUAAUUUCACCCAUAAAUAACUUCUACUCCUAUUUUGGAAAAACUACUACCUGGGAACUCUGAUUAGAUUUGAGAUUUGGUUGUGAUUUGGGAUUGAAUUGAGUUGAUAUGAAUUCGAAUUGAUAUGCG